AAAAAUAAAAAAGAAAAUUAAUUUGACACCUGUCAAAACUUCAAAAGGCGCGGGAAAUUAUUCGGGAGUUAUUUUAACGUUCCUGUGAUCAUGUUGAGGACCGUAGUUGUUAUUUCAAUGUUCAUUGUGUGUUGUUACUGCUCGGAUAAUAACGAGCUUCUUGAGGACGCUCGUGCAAAGAAGAAGAAAAACCCAGCGAGACUUUGGGCUAUGAUCCUACUUCUGGUCGUGGCAAAGGUGGCGGUCGUCAAGGUGGUCUCCUUCUUCCUCUUCUACGGGCUGUUCCAAAAACUCUUCUACGUCAUGGGCCUGGUCCUCAAGUACUUCCUGAACCGGGCGAAGACCCCCAACCCGGUCUACGGAGCCCCCCAGGAGUACAACACUGUGGGGUACAGCUACGGACCUCCUGAACAAGAAACCUUUAACGAUCAUGAGAAUCUGCCCAGCAUAACUGAGCUGGGAGGAUCUCUCAAGUGGCUGUUUGAUAAGAAUUAG